AUUUGGGAAUAAGUUGCAGAAACAUUUCUCUAGACGUUAGUUUUGGAACGUCUCUUAAAAACAACAAAGAAUGCGUUCAGACUUUGCAGACAUCCGGAUGAACCCUGGGCAUGAUUGGAUGGCAGAUCUGAGAAACACACGUAAAUGGAAAAGAGAAGUGUGCGCUUCUCUUCCAUCUCAUAAUGAACGGAAAUACGGAGUGGUUUUUUUUUCACAGAUGCUGGGUUUGUUGUGAGCCCUGAGAUGAGAAGAGACGUUCUGUGAGGAGGAGGAAGGGAGAGUCUGACAUCAUCACAUUAGGAUUCAAUCAUAAGAGCCUGGAAAGAUGAGCACACACGCACACACAUCAUAGACAAGCUAAACAGACAAUUUGUUGGGUUUUGCAUGUGUUUGCCAGUCUGAUGAUCAGAAAGAAGCACUGAGUACAAGUUGAGUUAUUCUGAGACCCCUUGGCCACAUUAAACAAGAGCAGAGCAAGUCAGCAGAUCUCCAGACGUCAUGCCCCACCACAAAUAACCGACGAGUCGGCACGAUUUCUUUCAUGCAGAGCCCCGCUGCGGUGAAGUUUCUGCUUUAAUCAGGAAUGGUUUGGCUGAGAAGGGCAUCUUUACUCAAACCCUGGACUUCUGUGUUUGGCUGUAAAUCAGAGGACCCAUCUGAUAUCUGGAUCAGACCGCUGCAGAUACACUAGCAUCGUGUCCAAUGUUUUUUAAACCGCUGAAGAUUUGGUCACACGGCUUUGAAGAUGGACGUCAGGACUCGACUCGAUUUGUCUGUCUCGUAAGCAAGAACACAAAUCAAGGCUCAGCCGGCAGACGGGCGUGUGGAAUACAUCACAAACGCUCUCUCACCCGGCACGUGGAGACGGAGGCUGCAGAUCGACACCGCUGGAACAUCUUCAGCUUCUCAGUGCAGUCGUUUCUGUCCCACCUGGAUGUGAUCGACUUUUGGAGACUCGGUUUAAAGCAGACUCACCAGGACCAGGGACCAUAAGUGCAGAGAACCAUGGCUUCACGUCUGACAUUCAGAUGGUUGGUCGUGGCCACCCUGAUGUCGCUAAAUUAUGCCGGACUCAUAAAGAAGGUGAUCAGGCAACGACAGGAUGCUCCGACCAUUCCGGGCACACACAACGUGACCCUCCCGAAUGCCCAGCCUGUGGUUUUCAACCAUGUUUACAACAUCAAGGUACCCGGUGCUUCUCUGUGUUCAGUGGACUUGGACUCACCAGGCGGUUCAGAUCUUGAGCAAAGGGAUGACCCGUCUAGCUCAGAGGUGAGUGAGCACACCACGGACGGGCAAAACCAGAUCGUCUUCACCCAUCGCAUCAACAUCCCCAAGCAGGCCUGUGGGUGUAAGGAGGGACUGCCUGACAUGAAGGAUCUUCUGAAUCGACUCGAGAUGCUGGAGGGUGAAGUGUCCACGCUAAGGGAACAAUGCAGCGGAGAAACUACAUGCUGCAGCGCACAGGUCACAGGUGCGAUUGGUACAAAGCCGUACUGCAACGGUCGUGGAAACUACAGCACUGAGAUCUGUGCUUGCAUCUGUCAGCCAGGCUGGAAGGGUCCCAAAUGUAUGAUUCCUGAUUGUCCCGGAGACUGUAGCGACCGGGGCCGUUGUGUUAACGGAAGGUGCGAGUGCUUCGAUGGCUUCUACGGUAUGGACUGCAGCUGUCCUGUUGACUGCGGGUUGAACGGACUGUGCGUUAACGGGGUCUGCGUUUGCGUUGAGGGUAUCUCAGGGGAGGACUGCUUAGAGUCGGCCUGCCCUGAAAACUGCCGGGGUCGGGGCAGUUGCAUGGAUGGCGAGUGCACGUGCAAUGAGCCCUGGACUGGCUUUGAUUGCUCUGAACUCAUCUGCCCGAAAGACUGUUACGACCGUGGGCACUGCAACAACGGAACCUGUUACUGCGAUGCAGGCUUCACCGGAGAGGACUGCGGGGCACGCGUUUGUCCCAGCGACUGCUCCGGACGAGGUUUCUGCAUCGAUGGGCGGUGCGUAUGUGAUGCGGGAUACACGGCCGAGGACUGCUCUGUCUUGACCUGUCCAAAUGACUGCAAUGGCAGGGGACGUUGCGUCAAUGGGAUGUGUAUUUGCAAUGCAGGUUACCGCGGCGAGGAUUGCAGUAAGAUGUCGUGCCCGAGCAACUGCAACGGGAGGGGUCACUGCAUCGACGGACGUUGUGAAUGCGACGUCGGAUUCCAGGGUCCUGACUGCUCGGAGUUCAGCUGCCCUAAUGACUGCAACGACCGGGGUCGCUGCUUGAAUGGUCAGUGCGUGUGCGAGGAGGGAUUUGCUGGUGAGGAUUGCAGCUUCAAAACCUGCCCGUCAGACUGUUAUGGCCAAGGUCGGUGCGUGGAUGGGAAGUGCCUCUGCUUUCCAGACUUUGCUGGAGAAGACUGCAGUCAAGCUAGCUGCCCGAGCAACUGCCUGAACCGUGGGCGCUGCGUCGCCGGACAGUGCGUCUGCGAUGAAGGUUACACCGGGGAAGACUGCAGUCAAACGAAAUGCCCCAACGACUGCCUUGGCCGUGGAAAGUGUGUGGAGGGCCGCUGUGUGUGUCCUGAUGGUUUUGAGGGGCAGGACUGCUCGGUUUUAACCUGCCCUGGAAACUGUAAUAAUCACGGACGAUGCGUCCAUGGCAAAUGCUUGUGCGAUGAAGGUUUUGUUGGAGACGCCUGUGGAGAGAGAGGCUGUCCUAACAACUGUGGGGACGCAGGGCUGUGUGUGGAUGGCCGCUGCAUUUGUGAUGAAGGCUACGUUGGAGAGGAUUGCUCUGAAGUCUCACCACCGAAAGACUUGAUUGUUGAUGAUGUCUCUCCGGAUAAGAUGAACCUCGGGUGGAAAAACGAGAUGCUGGUGACGGAUUAUUUGAUCACUUACACCCCGACAUCACCGGGUGGCCUGCAGAUGGACUUGCGUGUACCUGGAGAUCACACCUCAGCCACCGUUUCCGAGCUGGAACCUGGUAUUGAGUAUCUGAUCAAUGUUUAUGCUGUUCUCAACAACAAGAAGAGCGUUCCAGUCAGCGUCAGAGUGGCCACACGUCUACCGCAACCGGAAGGCCUAAAGUUUAAAUCCGUCCAGGAAACAUCUGUACUGGUUUCGUGGGACACGCUGAAGUUUCCGUUUGAUGGCUGGGAGCUUAUUUUUCGCAACACGAAAGAGGAAAAUGGGAAGAUUGUGCACACUCUUAAACCUUCACAGACCAGCUUUGAGCAGACGGGUCUGGGCCCAGGACAGGAGUAUGAGGUGUCAUUGGGCAUCAUAAAGAACAACAACACAGGACCUCAGACCAGCGCCAACGUAGUCACGAGAAUCUAUUCUCCCAAGCAAGUCGAUGUUGGAGAUGUAACGGAUCGUUCAGCAGUGAUUUCCUGGUCCAAGCCUGUAGCAGAGGUGGAUGGAUUCAGGGUUUCAUACGGGCCGAGCACAGACCCGUCAGCACGCCGUGACAUCAGCCUGCCUGCCACAAGCACACAAUACAAUCUGGAAGACCUGAACCCAGACACGGAGUACACCGUUUCUCUCACUUCCACAAGGGCCGAGGAGGCCAGCGAACCUGUAUCUACAAGCUUCAUCACAGGUCUGGAUGCUCCGAGAGAUCACCAGGCUGUAGCUCAGACGGACAACAGCAUCACAGUCGAAUGGAAGAACAGCCGAUCGUUUGUCGAUGGCUAUCGAAUAAAGUUCGGACCCAUCGCAGGAGGUUCUCACGGCGAGGAAAUGAUCCCCAGAGGAGCCGGAGACACAACGCGGACCACAAUUACUGGUCUGAAGCCCGGCAUCGAGUAUGGCAUUGGAGUCACAGCUGUGAAGAAUGAAAUGGAGAGCGAACCAGCGACCAUUAAUGCACUGACCGAUCUCGAUGCUCCUCGGGAUCUGGAAGUGCGAGACUCCACAGAAACCACCCUGGAGCUGGCCUGGAAGAAACCCAGGGCCAAGAUCUCCUCUUACAGGUUAGCGUUUGCGUCUCCCGACGGCCGUCAUGAGGAGAUCGGGCUGCCCGCGGCAGCCAACACUUACACCCUGAACAGUUUGAACCCCGGUGUGCGUUACACUAUUACCCUGGUGGCGGAACGGGGCAGGAGGAGAAGUGCCCCGGCAACAGUGUCCGCAUCCACAGCAUCUUUCACUUUUUAUAUAGCCGAAACGGACCCCGAACUCAAUUCUGCCAAUGACUCGGACGACAACGUCAUUAGCUUUGUGUUUCUAGACACCUCUGAGAACCCGUUCUCGGGCAGCGGAGACGAGGAUUCGCCUGACACUUUGAUUGUGUCUAACGUGACAUCCGAUGGAUUUGAUCUUAUGUGGGAUUCAAAUAAGCACGUUGGCUUUGAGAGUUACACUAUAGAAGUUAAAGAUUUCUCAGGGAAAUGGAGCGAGUACGUUCAUCUCCAUAAGGAGGUGACGACCACUAGAAUUCAAGGCCUCAGGGCGUCCACAGAGUAUCAAGUAAGACUUUAUGGAAAAUCCAAAGACCAAAGGUCUUCACUACUAGACGCUGUUGCAUUCACAGCACCAAACUCUACCUCUCCUGAUGUUGUUGCUUUGACCGUCAAAAGUGUCCCAACAACACUGGCAACCCUUCAGCCAGUAGCUACUACCUCCAGUGUUUUGACACAAACCUCGAGUGACGAACUCGAGAGUUUGCGUCAAGUUACCUCUAGUGACUUGAAAGUCACCGAUGUGAGCAGAAAUACUUUGAAGUCUUGGUUGGUUCCUGAAAAAGUCAUUGAUGCCUUCACCAUCGAGCUGAAGUCAAUGUCAAAUAAGUCUAUACAGAAUAUUAUCGAAGUGUCUGGAGAAGCCGGGGAGGUUCACAUAGAUGGUCUGACCCCUGAUGUGAGAUAUGACAUUACUUUGUAUGGGAUGGUGGAGGGCGAUAAAUCACAACCGGUCAGUGUUCAAGUAAAUACAGAGGACCAGAUGGCCGACAUAAGGAAUCUGAGUGUAUCCGAUGUGUCUUGGGAUAGCUUCAAUGUGUCCUGGACCAUUGAUGAGGGCCUUGACUUUCAGAGUUUUGUGAUUGAAGUGGCAAAUUCAGCAGGUGGUCCAGAAAGACAGAACCUGUCGGUAUCUGGUGAUGCUCUUAGUUUGUGGAUGUCUGGGCUCAGCCCCAACACGUCCUACGUUAUUGCGUUAUACGGCAUGCGCGAGGGCUCAAUUCUGGGUCCGCUCUACAUGGAAGCGACCACAGAUGUUGCUCCAGCCAUUGGCAGUCUGUUUGUGUCUAACAUUACAUCCCAGAGUUUCACUGUUUCAUGGAACGACAUGAAAGGAAAUAUUGAGAGUUUUAUCCUGGAGAUUAUAGACUCCAGCUGGCGGAGGGAGCCCGUUGAAUAUAAUCUUACGCAUGGCACACGGUCGUAUGAAAUCACUGAUCUCAGACCAGCCACUGAUUAUAUUGCCUACCUCACUGGAAUUGUGAAGGGACGGAGGACAAACUCCGUCAGCGUCGUCGCCUCCACAGCGGCCGAGCCAGAUUUGUCUGGGCUAGUUGUUUCAAACGUUACAUCAGACGCAGUGUCUCUCUCCUGGCGGACGGGAGAGAAGACGUUUGAUAGUUUUAUAGUCGAGGUGAGAGAGUCUGCUUUGCCAAUGCAGGCGACGGGGCGCACCCUGGCCGCGGGCACACGCUCCACAGUUCUGACGGGCCUGAAGGGAAACACGCAAUACCACAUUAAGCUCUAUGCCACCUCAGGCAGCUCCAACACAGCUGCCCUGACUACCUUAGUAACUACAGAACCUAAACCUAAGUUGGGGCCCGUAAUGGUGUCUGAAAUGAAACCAAGUAGCUUCACAUUGUCGUGGGGUGUGGCGGCGGGUCACUUUGACGGCUUUGUCUUUCAUAUCACUGACCGUGAGCAGAUGUAUGACGUUAGAGAGCUCUUGCUUUCUGGAUCAGAGAGGAACGUAAUUGUCUCUGGUCUUAUGGACUCAACGGUGUUUGACGUUGUGUUUUAUGGUCUGUCUCGUGGGCACCAAACUCCAUCAGUUUCCUUCAAUGCCAGUACAGCACCGUUACCUAAGGUGGAAAACCUCACAGCUUCUGAGAACACCCCGUAUGGUUUUCGGGUGUCCUGGUCGGCACAGUCCAAUGAGGGCUUCAGUCAUUUUCAGGUAAAAGUGUCAGACUCCGGCCAUCUGCUGGAGCCACAAGAGUACAUUGUACAAGGAAACCAGAGCAUGCUGGAUAUUUUGGGCCUGAUAACUGGCAUUGGCUAUGAGGUCAGUGUGACCGGGGUGUCAGAAACGGGGUUACGGUCUCGUCCAAUCACAACAGUGGCUGUUACAGAGGCCGAACCUGAGAUCGAGCACCUGUUCGUGUCAGAUGUCACCCCUGAGAGUUUCCAACUGACGUGGACCGCAGAAGACGACGUCUUUGAUCGAUUUGUGCUCAAAAUUAGAGACGCGAGGAAGCUCUCCCACCCGCGGGAGUUCAUUGUGCCCGGUGAUGAAAGAAACAGAGUUUUAACAGAACUUUUGGGGGGGACCGAAUAUGAAAUUGAGCUUUACGGUGUCUCAAUGGAACAUCGCUCCCAACCGGUUACUGCUGUUGCAAGAACAGGGCUCGGAUCUCUGCGAGACCUUCGCUUCUCCGAUGUCAAGGACACAUCAGCCGUGGUUUACUGGAACGUUCCACGCUCCCAACCGGAUUCCUACAGAAUCACUUACAUCCCGAUCCAAGGAGGUUCUCCAGUCGCACAGACAGUGGAUGGAACACAGUCUCAGGUUCCACUGAUAAAUCUCACUCCCGGAGAGACGUAUCAGGUGUCUGUUAUUGCAGUCAAAGGUCUGGAGGAGAGCGAACCGGUUACAGACAUUCUUAGGACAGCUCUAGACAUGCCACGCAGUCUCACCACUGUCAAUGUGACUGAUACAACAGCGCUGUUGCUGUGGCAACCUGCAGUCGCAACUGUGGAUGGAUAUGUCAUCACAUACAGCGCAGAUGCAGUGCCAGCAAUAUCACAUCAGGUCUCUGGCAACACUGCAGACUUUCAGCUGAGCUCUCUCACACCUGGGACUCCAUACACAGUCGGUGUUUAUGCCAUAAUAAAUGAACAGAAAAGUUCACCGGCAACCACAGAGUUCACAACAGAUAUGGACGCUCCUCGUGACCUGGUGGUCAGUAACAUUCAGAGUGAUGCUGCUGUGCUGAGCUGGAAACCCCCGCGGGCACCCAUCACGGGUUAUAUUCUCACCUAUCAGUCAUCUGACGGGGGGAUCAGGGAGGUGAAUCUGGAGCCGUCGGCCACGUCACAUGGCCUAUCUGAUCUCAGAGAUUCAACUGAACACACUAUCAGACUUCAGGCCGUCACAGACGACAAACGGAGCAAGAAAAUCUCUACCGUUUUUACAACAGUUGAAACGGUCUUCGGGAACCCCGCGGACUGCUCACAGACUCUGCUGGGCGGCGAGACGUCCUCUGGUCCAUACACCAUUUAUAUAAACGGAGAUAAGAAACAACCGGUGGGAACGUACUGUGACAUGACGACUGACGGAGGAGGCUGGAUGGUGUUUCUGAGGCGGCAACACGGCAAGGUUGAUUUCAACAGGAACUGGAAGAAUUACACAGCAGGAUUUGGGGAUAUAAACGAUGAGUUCUGGUUAGGACUUUUAAAUCUUCAUAAAAUCACAGCGAGCGGACAGUAUGAGCUGCGCGUGGACCUUAGGGACGGACAAGAGACCGUAUUUGCUCAGUAUGACAAAUUCUACGUCGGGGAUUCUCGUUCCGGCUACAAGAUCCAAACCGGUGCAUACAGUGGUACCGCAGGGGACUCUUUGAGCUACCAUCAGAACAGACCAUUUUCCACCUACGACAAAGACAAUGACAUCGCUGUCACCAACUGUGCACUGUCUUACAAAGGAGCGUUCUGGUAUAAAAACUGCCAUCGUGUGAAUCUGAUGGGAAGAUUUGGAGACAACAGCCACAGCAGAGGCAUCAAUUGGUUUCACUGGAAAGGUCACGAGCAUUCAAUUCCCUUUGCUGAGAUGAAGAUCCGGCCUGUUCGUUUCAGAAAUUUGGAAGGCAGACGGAAAAGAUCAUAUACUUAAUUUUCCCUUCUUUCUCCUGUUGAAAAGCACACACACCUCGUCUCUCGCCAUAGACAGACACAACCAAAACUCCAGACAACAUUGUGUUUCAUCGCCCCUAUUAUGUGCUUUAAAACUGCACAAUUAAAGGUGAACAUUUUUCUACAAAAAAGUCUACAAAAAAACAGACAUCUGUACACUCUUAAAGAUGACAGAGUGCCAUAGAAGAGAUGCCAUAGAAGAACCAUUUUUUGUUCCACAAUGAACCAUUUAGCCAAAGGUUCUUUUAAGAACCAGCUCUUUCUUACUUUUUAUAAUCUGAAGAACAUUUCAAGGGAAAUGUUUCUUCAAAUUUUAAAGGUUCUUUAUGAAACCAAAAGGCUCUUCUAUGGCAUCAUAGAACCUUUUGAAGCAUCUAUUUUUAAAGAGUGUAGCAUAUGUUUGUGUUAAAUGUAAAAAAUCUCGAAAUAACAGUUUACAGGCAAAUGUGCUGAAGAUUAUGCUGGUGUUUUUUUCCCUAUAAAUCCCCAAAUUAAACUGCUCAGACUGCCAUUUGGAUCAUUAUUGAUUAGCAUCAUUGGAAGCUCUGUUUUCUAUGGCGGAAGUGUCUUUGAGACCAGUGACGUCAUUUCCUCUCCUCUCAUUCCUGCGGCUAAUCAUCACCUAGUUCGGUUGUGACAGACAUGAUGGUGUGUUUACUGUUUUCAGGGUUCAAAAUGUAAACAACUGAGGAAAUGUAAGAAUUAUUCAUUUAUAAUAACCGUAAAGGAAUUUUUUAAUUUUUAUUGUUAUUUUUUGGAAUUUUAUUUUUAUAAUGCUUUUCCCCGAAUUAGAUAACAUAAUGUCUAUAAUCUCUAAAAGCAGAAGUGUUCAAAAUAGAAAAUGUUGUAUGUUGAGAUUUGUAUGUUGUUAACUUCCCAUUUAAACCAUCAAAAGUCACACAAAAAAAUGACAACAUCAAUAUUCCUUGCUACAAUAAAAAACUUUUGUUAAAACUGACUAAGGUCCCCAAAUGUUUAACAGUCAGCGAAUGUAAAUGUGAAAGCAUCAUUUUGUAUUAUUUUAUUUGGACGUCUAAGCAAUGUGUGAAUUUUGAGAU